UGACGCUGUUAAAAGACCUUGGAGUAGAAAUAAUACAUUGAUGUGGGAUUAGCUGCUAGAUAUCUACCUAUACAUGCCUAAAGAGGAAAUAAUGUAAACAAACAAAAUAGUAUCGAUUGUUUCAGCGUUCCUAAUAUCUAAUUUAUUAGACAGCUAAAUAUUUUCAUUUGGAUUCAUUUCCCAUGGACUAAGUGAAGUGGUGUUUACCUCAUUUUGAAUCUCUCUCUGUGUGAAGUCUGACAUCUUGAUGUGUACGGCAGCCGAAAAGAAGUUUAGUAAUCGGGAUGGCCACUCAAUUCACGAAAGAGAUGUUGAUGCUCUCUCUGUUGCUGGUCCUUCCUUUCGGUUACUUCAGUUUAACGAGUGCAGUCAGUGCAGGUUGCGAGUGCGUGGUGUUUGACAACACCUACUCGAAGGAGUACGGCAUCUUCACGUCACCCAACUGGCCCGUUCCGUACGACGACAACAUUGACUGCUUGCUGUACACUUUCAUAGCAGGGGAGGACGAAAUGGUGGAGAUUAGUUUCGACGAGUUCGAUCUACAGAAAACGAAUCUAGAAUGUGUGUUCGGCGAUUUUGUGAAACUUUUUCUUCAUCUCGACGAGCCAUCAGUGAACGAGAAGACACAGUACAAUUCCAUUUUGUGUGGGAAAAUCAUGGAUAUCGAACAGACUCACUACUCGUCAGGGCCCGCUCUCAUAUUUGAAUUCCAUACGGACUGGAGGAGAACGAAUAGUACGGGAUUUAGUGGAACCUACAGGUUUCUCAAAGUCUUUCAAACAGAUGGCUACUUGAUACCUGGCUCUAAGUGCAACUAUGAAAUAUCUCCAGAACAAACCAACAAAACAAGGGGGAAAUUCUACUCUCCCCAAUAUCCGAGCAAUUACCCUCGAGAUGUCACGUGCCAUUACAGAUUCACUGCCACCCCCAACAAUCGAGUGAAGAUCGUCUUCGAGCAAAUACGUCUACAGAAAGGAGAUCUGAGUUGUCUGAACAGUCCGGAUGUGAUCCUCGUCUACGACGGAUCCAACAAGAGUGCUCCCAUCAUAGGACAUUUGUGUAACACUAAUACCUUCGUGGAAGUCGUCUCGACGGGAAGCGACCUGUUCAUAGAGUUCCACAGCAGGAGUCACUUCCCCGGACAAGGGUUCAAAGCUUCGUAUCUUUUCGACAGCAAACCACCACCUCCCCCCGGCAUCAACGACAUCGACGUGCCUUAUAUGGAAUCAAUCCGAAGAACUACAGACUACCUCACCACAACGCAUGAUCCAGAUAGCACCAUUGAUGAUAAAGGUUUCAAAAAUGAAUAA